AUGAAUGAUCCGUCACAUCGUAAAACUUUAGCACCUUUAUACGCUAUAUUUGCUGGUGUUACCCAUGAUCUUAUUGAUAUGUUAAAAUGGAUUGACUCUGUUGAAAGUAGUAAUGAAGUAGCUGAAUAUGCUCACAAAUAUGUUGCAAGUGGAGAUGGAUGGAAGUGUCUUGAUCAUAUUCAUCAUAUAUCCGAUCGAGAUAUUAUUGAAAUGAUAUUUCAAUCACUUGAUUUAACAUGUCGAUUAAUAUCAGAAAAAUCUGAUAUAUUUUAUAAUUGUACUUCACCAUUGUUUGAAAAUUUUUAUGAAUAUAAUUUUGAUUUAAGAUUAGUUAUGUUAAUUGAAGAUACAACAAAAUAA